GUACAUCCACAAUAUCACAUUGUCUUUCUCUUCUCCCUAUCACACUACACAACACAUCAUGGCUUUCUCCACUAGAACCAGCUCCCUCUUCUUCUUCUUCUUCUUCUUCUUCUUCUUCACAACACUUGUUCUUCUUUCCACUCAAAUCAAUGCAAGAGAUAGCAACUUCUUUGGAAAAUUCCACCGAGAAUCCUCCAAAGACCAAAGCCCUAACAAUGUCCUCCCUCUCAAGACCAGCCAAAAAACCACAGUAGAAGAGUCCUUCCCAAACAAGAAAGACCAAGAACAAGACCCUACCUUUGUCCCCGAGUCCGAAAACGGCUAUGGCUUAUAUGGUCACGAGACCACCUACAACAACAACAAAGAAGAGUUCAACAACAACAAGUACGAUGAAAAGUUCAACGGUGAGACUUUCUCAACUCCAAGACUGAGCGAGACCGAAGAGUCUUACAACAACUACGACGAGAAGUACCCCAAGAAGACGGAGAGCUACGACAACAAGGAAGAGUUCAACCAAAAGUACGAUGAAAACGUCAAGGAAGAGUCUUUCUCUGAGAACAAUGAAGACAAGAGAAGCUUCUACAACUCAAACGCUUACGGAACCGAGUUAGAACGUGAAACGCCGUACAAAGGUUACAGCCACAAUAUGGAGAGACAAGGCAUGAGUGACACAAGAUUCAUGGAGAAAGGUAACUACUAUUACGACCUUUACAACGAUAGAAACCACGGCCAUUUCUACCGGAAGCCUCAUCAGAAAAGCCCUGCCGGUUAUUAUUCUUCUCAGGCGACCGAGAAUAACUACGACCAGUCGUACAACAACUACAACAACGAGGAGGAGAAGAGCUUCAAGGAUCCUUACAACUCUAAGUGGGAGAAGAACAUGAUGAAUGAACAGCCUGAGGAGUUCGAUGAGGAGCAAGGAGACCAGUUCAAGCCUUGAUGAAUACUACACUCUUGAAAGUAUUUUUCUUUUAUUUCAGCUAAGUUAUGUUACGUAUGGUUGAUUAGUCAAACUAAAUCAGUGUUAUCACUACAACAAAUUAAAAGUGAAAAAGGAGAAAUGGGUUUGUGUGUGUGUUUUCAGUUGAAAUGUGUUUGCUUUUGCAUAUAAUAUUCGGAGGAAAGAAAGAUUAUAUAUAUAUAUACUAUUAUGGUGCUUCUUUA